AGGCUUCGGUUCCUUCUUCCGCGAAUCAUGGUGUGAAGAGGAAGGAAGUCUUGCAAUAUUUUUGGUGUCUGUUCAGCUAACUGCAUAAACUGGAACCACAGACUAGAUGUCAGACCAGCUUUCUGCUCUACGCCGUGUUCAAAUACCACCCAGAACAACAGAGUGAGAGAGGAGAGGCCUCACUAUGGAUUUAAGAUCAGCAGCAAGAGGAUUUCUAGCUUUCCUUCUGUCAGUACCAGCGCUUCAGGGUAUUGAUGACUGGACUGUUUCUUACCCAUCUACUAAUGUCUGCGCCUUAGGAGGAGCAAUGGUUGACAUCAACUGCACUUAUGAUUACCCUGACGACGUACAGUACCUCCCUAACACAGUCAGAACACUGUGGUUUACUAAAGGAGACAACCAUCAGCCAGUUGAUCUGGAACACGAUACAGACUAUGCAGGUCGUGUUGAAUCCAGCUGUGGAGAGGUCAGCUGUACUGGGUCCAGAUGUCAUGGAACAUGUUCCCUGAGAAUCAGAGACCUGAGACAGAGUGACUCUGAUGUCUACAAGUUUAGGUUCACAACAAACCAACCAGGUGGGGAAUAUACUGGUGACCCUGGAGUGACGUUAUCUGUAACAGACCUCCAGGUGAAGGUGUCCUUCCUUGACCCUACCGAUCCUACCUGGGCAGAGCUGGAGUGUCACAGUAUGUGUGGUCUAGCUGGUGACCCUCGCUACAUCUGGUUCAGGAAUGGAAUGAAGGGAAGACGGGGAGUGAACUACAGGGCCCACAUUCAGUCUGGAGACAGCUAUUCAUGUACUGUUGAAGGAUACGAACAUAUCCGCUCUCCUUUAGUUUACGCUCCAAAGACCCCCUCAGUGACCGUGAGUCCCUCUGGUGAAAUAGAGGAGGGCAGUUCAGUGACUCUGAGCUGCAGCAGUGAUGCCAACCCAGCAGCUGAGUACACCUGGUUCAAGGUUGAUACAGAUCGUUCCUCCAGAAAGAUGAACCAGGGACCACAGCUUGUUUUUAAACAGAUCCUGACGUCAGACUCUGGACAAUACUACUGUCUAGUUCAGACUGAGCUAAGGCAAGCAUCUAUCUGGAUCACUAUUCACAUGAAAUAUGGGCCUAAACACACUUCUGUUUGUUCAAAUCCUUCUGGUGAAAUAGAGGAGGGCAGUUCAGUGACUCUGAGCUGCAGCAGUGAUGCCAACCCAGCAGCUAACUACACCUGGUUCAAGGAACAUGAAGUCUCAGUGAAGGAAUCAGGACGGAACUACACCAUCACUCAUAUCACAUCUGAGCAUGAAGGAAACUAUUACUGCCAAGCACAUAAUGCAAUCGGACAUCAUAACUCCACCUUUUUAUUCAUUCAAAUGACAUCAUCAUCAUCACAUCCAGCAAUGGUAGCUGUAACAACCAUUGCUGUCCUAUUGGCCACCAUACUCCUCCUUGUCUUCCUCUGGAUGAGAAGAAAGAAGGCCUCCAGUAAAGAAAUUGGACAGGGAGGAAGGCCAGAUGCCGUGUUGGAGCUACUUCCUGUUCCUGUGUAUGACAACGUCUCAGCUCUGACCAAUCGCUUAGACACUGUAGCACAGAGAGAACCAAUAGAAGAGCUGGAUGACCAUCACUAUGCCAGCAUCGACGCCUCUGUGUCCGAGGAGCAGGAAGUGCCUGGCUCCGGUGGCCAAUCAGUCAAGACUGCUGUCUUUUACUCUCUGGUCAACAUUCAAAGGGUCAACGCUAUCCCUGGAGAAAGUGACCCGGCAGAAACGCCAGAGUUCUACAGCACCAUCAAAUAAUACCUCAGAUAUUGAUCCAGUUGUUGCAGCAAUAUUUAAAUAGUGGAACUAGGUAGAGAGUCUCAUCCAUUUAGUUUAACAGCACAAUACGCUGGCUGCAUCCUAUGGCGCUUAAUUACCUGGACGGAAUACUUGCCACCACUGCUCAUAAAUGAUCUGAUUGAUUGGCCUUAUUUGACUUGAUUGUGUACGUUCCACCAACCCAGUCGCCAAAAGCAUACGUUGACCGUGUACGUUUUCGUGAACACUGGAUUACGUCGCAUUUCAAUGUAAAAUAGCGUGUUAUACCUACAGUAUCCGCUCUUGGCGCUGUGGAGGCGCCUGAAGAAAGCACAACCAACAAGGACAUUUCCUGGUUAUAAAAUGCAUCAAUUCCUUGUUAUAAAAUACAUAAAUUAUAAUUAUUUGGAGACUUCCCAUCGCUGUCAGUACGGCGAAGGUGACGGUGAUGCAGGGUUGCAAGCUUCACGGGUUUCUCGCUAAAUUGGGCUGUUUUGAAAACAGAGUCGUGGGUGUAAACCUCAAAGACGCGGUUCACGGUUUUCUUUGGUACUUUCAAAUCCCACCACAGAAACAGUUGGGGUGUAUUAUGUAUUCUAUAAUCUUUAUGAAAACUCAGUCAGAACUAUUAAACACCAGAGGAUGGGCGGGGUGGGGCAGUGGACACACACACACACACAAACAAAAUGCCCUCAAAUAUUAUUACUUUCAAUACAUUGGCCAAAAUGAAACAUCUUUUAAUUUGGGCUGCUUCUAGGACAUUUUGGGUGGAUUUUGAACAGUAUGUGGGCAGGACGUUGUUUGCAGGACCUGGCAACCCUGCGCUGUUGUCCAAGGUGCUGAAAUUCUCCUGAACAGAUCUGGAUCCAUGGCCAAAAAGACUUAUAUUAUAGAUUAAACAGAACUUUUCAAUAAAUACUAUGGCAGAAUAAAGACUACAUUUAUGCAUUAUCA